GUGACCACGGUUUCAAGCGUAACCGCCGCAGCCACUGCCGGCGUUAUCAGACCGCAGUCAAUGUUAUCAGACCGCCGUCGGCGUGAUCAUUACCAUUCAUACCGACGACGUUUGGAUUUCAGAAUACCGUCAGAGUGCCUCGAUGUGGGCGCGCCGGGCAAAGGUAUGACUUGGGCACGUGCGACGCGCCUCAAACUUUCAAAACUGAGUUUGUCACGAAAGUCGUAGGCCACUAGCGUAAUCGACAAGCUCGAGUCGGUGACCGGAUUCGUCGUUUGUGCGAUAGUUUCACUAUCGAUAUCAUUCACCGGCGGCACGCUCGCGUUUAGGCGCCCGUACCCGCGUUCACCGUUCGAUCACGUGCAAAUAAUAUGCUCAUCGUUGUGAAAUGUUCACCGCUCACUCGAACAAUUGACUGCCGUACGCUUAACCACGAACACGAGACCACACGACUCGUUCACACGGUCACCGGGUGAGCGGCGAUUACGUUAUCGGUUAUCACAACACUGUUCUGCGCGUAUUUAUCUCGUGCGCGUUUGCCGAUAAUAAUUGAAAUUAAUCAUUGUCGCUGUUAUUCGAACGAACGGCGGGAGGCCAUCGCUGCUGGUCCGUCUGUGCGCACGUCAAUCGUUUGUUCGCUGAUCACCGUCGACAUCGUUUGUCCGGCGUCGCCUGCGACCUGUUCACCCGGAAAAAAACGCGACCGAAUAUGACGGGGGGCGGCGUCACAGACGGUGCGGCUGCUGCGGUAGCCACUGCUGUCGUUGACGAGUUCCUGACGCCGCACAAGCAGGAGGACGCGAUGGUGACGACGUCGCCGCUGGUCGGUUUGGUCAGCGGGUGCGCCGGCGCCGUGGCGCUCGUGUACGUGGGCCAGCCGCUGGACACGGUCAAGGUACGCAUGCAACUGUCCACGGCCACCCGGGCCGUGACGUCUGGCGGAGGCGGCGGCGGCGUGUCCAUGUGGGGUUGCGUGCGCGACAUGUGGCGCCAGGCCCUGGUGACUCCGGUCCCACAUCAUCGGCCGCUGACGAACAACGCAGCGGCCGCCGGAGCCGUAGUCGAGGCGUGCCCGUUGACGGCCGCCGCGGCCUCCGGUCAGCCGGCCAGCAAGGCGGCCGCGGCCGGACGCAUGGCUCGGCUCAUGUACGCGGGCACGGCGCCCGCGUUGCUGGCCAACGUGGCCGAAAACGGAGUACUGUUCGCGGCGUACGGCCCGUGCCAGCGGUUGGUGUCGUUCGCGUUGGAUCUGUUUGGCGGGCCCGGUGCCGGCACUGGUGCUGUCGUGGACGUGGAGAAAAAACUGGGCCCCGCCGGCAUGGCCACGGCCGGCAGCUUGGCGUCGCUGUGCUCGGCGUUCGCGCUGUGCCCCACCGAGCUGAUAAAGGUCCGUCUACAGGCCGCCGACCUGGACCGGGCCAACGGCGCCUCCGCUUCCGGUACGUCGGCCGGACGUCCGCACAGAGCCGCGGCCGGCACGCUGCAAGUCGUGGCCCGGGUGUGGACCACCGAGGGCGGUCUUCGCGGCAUGUAUCGGGGACUGGGCUCGACGGUGGCACGCGAGAUGCCUGGCUACUAUGUAUUCUUCCUGGCGUACGAGGCGUGCCGCACUUACUUGACCAAUUGGCAUUACGGUCCGUUAGGCUCGUUGAUGACCGCCAAGGCGCCGUUGGUGGAACACCGAGAGGAUCCUGCUUGGGUGACCAUGACGGCGGGAGCAGCUGCUGGCACUUGUCUCUGGCUAGUCGUGUAUCCGGUGGACGCGAUCAAGUCUCGAAUUCAAGCGUCAGGCGGCGGAGGUAGUACAGCCGAAAGUCCGAGUGGCGGUUUCUUGAGGGCCAUGGCACUGUCUGUGCGCAACGAGGGUCCGCUGGCCUUGUAUCGCGGCCUGGCACCCACGUUGCUACGCACUGUUCCUGCGUCGGCCGUUAUGUUUUGGACUGUGGAGCGUACCAAGACGCUGCUGACGGGUUAUGGGCUAUGAGUUUUAGUUUUAUGUAUUCCUACUUGUUCGAUAAUGUUAUGAUAUGAUACCUAUUUGUCGUUAGAUCAAUAUUAUGCAUUUUCAAAUAUACUGUUUGUCGACAUAGGUAUACCAUCCAUAGAAGGAGAUGACACAGAUUUGGUAUUAUGUGUGAAGUGGGUUUUUAAUUUUAUCAACAUAAAAAUAUUUAACACAUACCCACUUAAAUAUAGUAAUUGAUUUAAUUUGUCAUUUACAUCACUAAUAUUCACUACAACGUACUUCCACUGAUUUGUUAUUUAUUUAUCAGUUGUGUACCCUAGGGUACCUCUGCACUAUUAGUAAAUUAUACUUAUUAAAAUUCAAUUUCAUGUUUCAAUCAUCUCCAUGUGUAUGUUUAAAGAUGCCACAAUAGUAGUUACCAAUAAUUAAAUAAAACCAAUCAUUUUGAUUAUUAUAAUCAUAGUUAGUUUAAUUGUCCUUGUAAGUUAUAUAGUAGUCUUAAAUUUUUAAUUGGUACAAUACAUUAUUUAUUUAUGUUUGCUUAAAAUGUGCAAACUAUUUACUUUGUUUUCUAACAAUUUUUUACUAUGAACUACAUUACUCAGGAAGGAAUGAUUUUUUUUUAUUUUCAAUCUAAAAUAAAUAAAUAUCAUAACAUAACACAAAUAUUUUAUUUUUAAAAAAAUAACUUUGAUCCAAGGAUUGUAACUGAUAAUAUUAUAACAAUAUGUCGUGAAAAAAUAUAUAAACAGAUUGUUAUGUAAUAAAUGCAUUUUUAACAGCCAAUAAGUAUCAAUUGCAAGGAAUCUUAAUUAUUUUUAUCAUAAUUGCCUAUACAAAUCCCCUUAAAAUCGUUACAAUUGCAUUGUAUUCAGUAUAGUAUAAUGUAGGUAAUAUAUCAUACUAAUAUAAUAUAUAAAUCAUAAAUAUGUCUUCCAUAUUAUAAUGUAAGUCUUCCAUGUAUUGCUCAGUUAUUGUUAUUGUUGAUUGUCAUUUUAGUUAAUUGUUACUAUUACUAUUUUGUAAAUAUUUUUUUAAUUUUUUUCUUAGUUCAUAAGUUAUAGUUGUUAAUUACCUGUUAUAUUAAUUUUAUUUGUAUCCAUAUGGUAGCAUUGUCAUUACCAUCAAUCAUGCACUAUGUUUUUUUUUAUGUUGAAUAUUUUUGUCACAACCAACACCUAGCCCUGACAUUUUAUAAACAUCCUUAUUUAUUUAUAUGAAUAUUGUUAUUACUUAGUCAUUGUAUGUAUAUUUAUACAUUGAUAUAAUAGAGUUUGUAGACUGCCUA